UCUCUCUCUCUCUUUCCCCACAAUCAUUUCACAGCGAGGCAGGGAGCGACAACAUGAGACGCUUUUAACUCGACACAACUCGAGGGAAAAACUGGAAACGACCUGAAUUUAACUUYCCGCACCGAGGCGUUGUGAUGAGCGCGUGAGCUGGUUCACAGCUGCUUUAUUUCAUCCUUUUCACAUUGAGAAGAAGAACUUGAACUAUAAUCGGAGAGAAAACUUUGUUCACACUGUACUAUGUCGUCCACUGAGGAGCCGUCCGGCACGGUCCUGCACCGCCUCAUCCAGGAGCAGCUCCGCUACGGAAACCCCACGGACACCCGCACCUUGUUAGCCAUCCAGCAGCAGGCUCUGCGCGGAGGCAGCGGAAGCAACAGCGGACCCAGCAGCGGCGGUGAAAUGAGCAGGAGCCCACGGUCCUCGCUGGAGAGCCUGACCCAAGAGGACCCGGCGCUCCCUCAGCUCUCGGCGAGGCAGGAGCCUCAGGGCCAGGAGCACCAGGGAGACUACCACCACUCGGAGAGCAGCUACCAGCCGCACGGAGAGAAGCUGCCGACCUACGAGCAGGCCAAGGCGCACUCCCAGUACUUGUCGUCCAACUGGGCCCACGGGCAGUUCCUCGUGCGCGACGGGACCUUCCACCAGGAAGCGGGUCUGCUGGAGCAGAGGUGCAGCCACGUGCGCUCCCUCAGCGAGCACCUCCUGCAGGUCUCUCUGGACCGGAGAGAUGCGGCGGCUAAAGCCGAAGCCAUCAAAGCCAACUCUCACAGCUACCCGGAGCUUCCUUACUACCCGCCGCAGUACAUCCAGAGCACAGGGCAGAGCGUGGACAAACGCAGCCCGCCCCCGGAGUACACCGMCCCCAUCCAGGGCCAGGGAUUUAUCCAGGAACCAGCGCAGCCUCAGCAGCACAGGUAUGUUCAGACUGCUCAGACAGCAGAAGCCCCCAGCUACAACACGUUUAACAGCCUGCCCCCUGCUGGCUUGGAGGAGCCCAACCAGGUGGAGCUGCUGAUGAUGGAAAACGAGAGGCUGAGGCAGGAGCUGGAAGCUCACAGGGAGAAGACGGGCCGCAUUCAGAAGCUGGAGCAGGAGAUCCAGCGCAUUUCCGAGGCCUACAAGACACUGAUGCAGGGCAGCAGUAAGAGGGAAAACCUGGAGCAGACCCUGAGGAGGCGGUUAGUGGCGGAAAUCAGGAGGCUGCAGGAUUUCAACAGAGACCUCAGAGAAAACCUGGACAGUGCCAGGACCCACGUUGCAAAAGAAGUAAAGGCAGCCGACCAUAAUCAACACAUCAUGGCGAAACUCCUUGAACAAAACGAGGAGCAGAACUACGAGCGGGAGCGCGCCGAGCGGGAGCUGCAGCGCCUGCGAGCGACCGCGGAGGAGCAGAGCCUCAAGGCGAAGCGGCUCGAGGAGGCCCUGGAGGCGGCUYGGGGCCGCGGCCGCCAGCUCGAGGAGGAGCUGCGGAGGAAGCGGGCGUACGUGGAGAAGGUGGAGAGGCUCCAGAGCGCUCUGGCUCAGCUGCAGUCCACCUGCGAGAAGAGGGAGAGCCUGGAGAUGAAGCUGAGAACAAGGCUUGAGCAGGAGCUGAAGAGCCUGAGGGCACAGCAGAGGCAGUCCCAGCCGCCGGGAUUGACUGUGAACUCGCUCCAGGAGCGGCUACGUGAGCGCGAGGAGCGAAUCCUGGCCCUGGAAGCUGACAUGGUGCGCUGGGAGCAGAAGUACCUAGAGGAGAGCACCAUGAGGCAGUUCGCCAUGGAGGUGGCUGCCACCGCUGCUGCUCAGAGGGACACCACCAUCAUUAACCACUCACCCUGCCACUCCUCCAACAACAGCUUCAAUGAAGACCUGCCCGUCGCCGACUUCAGGAACCAGGAGAUGGAGAAUAGGAUCCGUGCUCUUUACGCUCAAAUCUUGGAAAAAGAUGCCGUGAUCAAGAUCCUCAACCAGAGGCUGCAUCAGGAUCAACACCCGAAGGAUGAGCAGAGCCGCCGAACAAACCUCAUAAACACAGGAGGGGCUCCUCUCCGGCCGGCCUCCUCCACUCCCUCCAUCUGCACCUACAGCACGACAAGUAGAGGCAAAAAUCUGUCAGACGAUCAAACUGUCUGUCAGUUCUCUGCUCAGUCUGAACCUUCCACGCUGGAACGACAGCUGGAGGGAACCAAAUCCAAAGAGACCACCAGCACAGCUAAGCUAAACGACGACAAAACAGCAACUAAAAAGAUGCUGUUAAAUCCCGUCCGAGGCCUGGAUGAUCUGGAGCCAGAAGCAGUGGAAAUCUUCAUUUAAAGAACCCGGGAGACUGAUUCGGAGCGAGGCGGGAAAUCAAAUCUGUGAAGACUGCAAGAAUAAAGACAAAUGACUGGACCCAAGAAUGUAAAAAAAAAGGAGAGUUACUUUAAAAAAAAGGACUGUUUCACAUUUUAGUGACAAGAGCUUCUUCUCACUGAGCUUGGACGACUGCAGGCGGUUCUGCCCGGCCCAGUGAGAGAACAUGAAUCUUCUGGAGGUACUUGUUGGACAGUAUUGUGGAUUCUAAUACAUAUUCUCACAGAGUAUAUGCCAAAAUAUUUAUAUAAAUCUAUUUCUACUUACUUAUACAUAAAGAAAUGCUGCUUCCCCUUUUAUUACCCCUUUAUUUUUCUCCCAGUUAAAAAAAAUCUGCAUCUAAUCUGGUUUCCACAUUCCCUAAAUAUGUAACUGAAGACUUGUGCUCAUCUAGAUAAAUAUUAAGGGUUAGCUAUGUGACCUGCAUUCCCCUCCUUAAAAAAAUGUGGAUUUAAUCUUGAAUAAUCUCAUUCCCAUCACAGAUGAUAUCUUUUUGGAGGACUGCCCAGACUUUUUAAUAAUUUAAACUGAAAACAAGAUUUAAAGCUCUCCCUGGUCACGUUUCUUCAGCCUGAGGAGCUGGUUCUUCUCAGGGUUUUGAGAAACACGACCAGCGAGCUGCUUAAUAUAUGAUUUUAUUAUUUUUAUUUUGUAAGUGUAGUUUUGGGAUGUAGACUUGUGGUGUUGUUGUUUUUUUCCUCUCCAAGUAUGCUUGCAUGUGUGAUAGUGCGUGUGUGUGUCCUGAUGCGGUGAUUCUGCUGGUUUGGUCACCACUGACAGGCAACAAGGUGUUUGGUCUUUUUUUGUUUACUGUGAGCUUUGAACUAACAAAACAGGUUAAUUAAUAAUAUUAUUAUUAUAUAUUUUAUACAGAAAUGGUUAUUUUUAGAUACGGUAGUGCUUUCCGGAGGACGCCAAAGAGUUUGUGAAUGUUAUUUGUAAGUUAUGUGCCGACAAUCUUGUCAAGCUGGACACAACUUAAAAAGUGUGUCGAACUCAAACACACAUUUCUGUGAACGGAGCAGUGUGAAAAGUUUUCACAGGUGAAUUCAUGCAACAUUUCUUAAAAUAAUAAAAAUGGUUUAAUAUACAUUAAUGAA